AUGUCAACCAUUCUUGAUCGAUUAGAAGGUGCAUUAGUAGGGCAUGCGCUAUGUGAUCGAUUUAAUGCUUCAACAAAAAUGGCAUUUCAAUUGGGUGAGAGUCUUAUGGAGUUGAAAGAAUUUGAUUCAUCAGAUGUUCUGUCACGCUAUUUAUGGCUAUACCAUACAUCUACUAAUAAUUGUGAUAUGGGUGAAAUCAUAAAACUCGUCUAUCAUGAUCUGGUUAGUCAAAUAAAAACGAAAAAAAACAACAAAAUAACACAACAAGAUUUUAAAUUUCAUGUGCAACAAAUUAAUGCUACAUCAGAAAAAGUUAAUGAAAAAUUACACGGCCUUACAGCUGGAUGCAAUCCGGCACAUCGAUCGUAUCCAAUUGCAUUGUACUCAUCCAUACAUAAUGAUGAUGUAUUCGACAUUUCAAAGCAAGAAGCGUGUUUGACUCAUUAUUCUCCCGAAGCUGGCCAAGUAUCUGGUAUAGUAAAUUUAAUCUGCAGAUCUCUUAUUAUUGGACAGACAUGGGACUCUGCGGUAAACAAUGCAUUUUGUGUACCAAAUCUGUCUACCGAUAUACAGCAAAUAGUGAGUUAUCAUGGGCGGUCAAGCCAUAUAUUCGAAGCAAAACCUUCUGCCUAUGCUCCAAAAGUGUUAAAAAUAGCGUUGGAUUGCGUUAAAAACUCUAAAUUCUUUAAAGAUGCAUAUGAAAGAAUAUAUAGGAUAGAUAAUAUCUACGCCCCACCCAUUGUUGGCAUAUUAGCUGGUGCUCAAUGGGGACUAACGUCCAUGUUAAAUAUGAUAAAUGAUAGCGAUCAAAGUCUAAGUGCAAUAAGAAAAAUGGCAAAUGAAUUGGCACAGCCAUGGGAACGAAUCCUCGAAAAAGAUAAUAGCAAAGUGCAUGUUUAA